GGGAGCCGGCGGCCCCGCCGGGCCACGGGGCACGGCUCCGCCUACAACCAGACCACGGAACCGGAGGCGAAGACGCCCUGCGCGCCUCCCUUUUGCUUUCGGUUUAUUCCAGGUUGGUAGCCGGCGCCCCGGCCCGGCUAUGGACGGCAACGUCUACAACGAGACCACGGAACCGGAGGCGAGGAGGCCCCGCCGCCUCCCCUUGGGCUGCACCCUGCGGCACCUGCGGGGAUGGCGGCUGCCAGUCAAGGUGUUCCAGACGAUUUUCUCUUUUGUGGCUGUAGUUUGUGAAGAACUUGUGGAAGAAUGCAUCACUUGUAGUGGACUUUACUUCUUUGAAUUCAUAAGCUGCAGUGCCUUUCUUUUGAGCCUGCUGAUUCUGUAUGUGUAUUGCACUGAUUUGUAUGAAUCACUGGGGGAAGCUAAAGUGCAGAAACUGAAUUUUUGGGCUAUGCUGGUCAUAAGUGCCUGUUUUCUGUUAGCAUCAAUACUGUUUGCUGCAACCUGCUCUGACCCUGAGGAAAUUGCUGCAUGUGUAUUUGGAUUUUUUGCAACUUCUGCAUUUGCAGCUGAAUUUGCUAUAGAGCUCUGUCUGAGGCGAAAAAAAAACCAGAACAUCGAUGGACGCCCUGAAAAGCCUAGUAACACUCAGAGUGCCACAGAACAUCAGCCAUUGAAUAAACAAAGAUAACUUCCUGAAAUUGUUGUUUUUUUUUUUUUUUUUUUUUUUUUUUUUUUAGUUGGAGCAAACUAAAAUGAACUUUCAGUGCACUGUAGGUAACAACUUCUGUUUCUUUGUUCUAAUCGAUUUUGUACACAUUGCUCAUCACAAAUUUUUAUGGAUUCUUGGUCAGGUAAUGGCAUCUUGGGCAUCAUGUUCUAAGGUACCUGGUCCUGCCACCUGCUGGGAUGACAGGCACUAAAAAACCUUGGGUCUAAACAGAAUAACUUCAGGACAGUAGUGUGCUGAUUUGAUUUUGACAGAGAUGACUAUUAAAGGUUAAUAUCUGAGGCAUAAAUUCUGAGCUAUAACCUAAAGAUACGUCCUGGUUAAAUAGACCAGAUGUUUUUGUUGGGAGUUAAAAAUUAGGACAGCAGAAUUCAUUUUUGCACUUCCUGGUGAAACUGAAUGCAAAAGGGAUACCUAACUGGAAUUUACAGGAAUGUUUAUCCUUAAGUAAGGUUUUUUGGGUUGUUUUUUACUACUCCUAUGUCUCAGUUCUGUUUGUGGAGAUCAGUUUAAUGGUAUAGUGACUAUAGGGAGUUUAUGGGGAAGGUAAUGUAAGUGGUAUAUUGAGGAGACAGUUUUGCACCCCAUGAUUGUCAAAGUUUGGACUUGUAUGCCAGAAUCUUCUUUCAGAUGGUUUCAAAAGCUGUAACAUUUGCCGGAAGAAACUGGAAAAGCCAGCAGUGGGAGGAAUAAGAUAGAGAAUAAGUGUUUUACAUGAAGCAACCCCAGAAGCAGCAAUCUGAAUGUCAAUGGAAAAAACUUUAGAGCAUGUUGGUUCUACCCUGGUGAAUAUUACUUGCAAGGUUAAUGCCAUAUGCAGCUUGUUUAUGUAUAGAUAAUGCUAAGUUUUGCCAAAAUGGUUUUAAACCUCACCAUUUUCUGUGUUUAUAGAUAUGGCAGUAGCUUGAGACUCCUUGCUGCUGACUAACUCAGUUGGUAAACAGGUAAAUGAGCACUUGUCCCCUUGAUAUUUGUUUUGCAAGCAACAAAUCAAGUCUGUAGGACUGAAAGGAAAACUACUGAUGGGACACGUAUCAGAAAGUGACGGAUGUGUCAGACCAGAUGUUGAUUGCUAUAAAAGAAAUGAAGUGCUGAAAAAGCAUUUUUCUGACGUCUGAGGUAAAAGCAAGACUGCUGUGCCUCUCUUAAGAGGAAAGCUUUCAAAAGCAGAGCAAAUUACUGUAAGCCAGGAGAUGUUCCAAAAUACCAAAGCAAAUGAGAAAAACCUGAUUGAGUGCUUGAGACAUUUGCUGUGUCUCCCAGGCAUUAAGUGCAUUUCACCGAUAUCCCAACCUGGUGUGUUCCCAGUCCUGUAACCUAUUGUGGCAGCAUUGAGACCAAGCCCUCCAGAAACUGCCUGAGCUGUACUUAGGAAAGGAAGAGGAAGCUGUUUUAAGACAAAGGACUGUAAUAGCAAGUCAAAAUUGUUUUUUUUCCCAUUGCUGCCACUUUCUGAUCAGUGUGAUUUUGUGAUGUUCUGUCUCUCUAUGGCCUGAGACUUAAGCCUAACACUACACUUUGCUUGGAGGAUGCCAAAUUUUGCUGAGUGGUGUGAAGCACCAAGUUAAAGCCACAGUUUGGUUUUAGAACUAUGCAUAGAAGAGAUACUUUCGCUCAUAUAAUUUUCUAUGUUGUAAAGAAGAAAUGCUCUUUGGCUGGCUUUUUUUUUUUUCUUGUAUUUAUUAGUGUCUGUUUGCACUAAAAUCUGAUUUCAGUCAGUGCUUGCUGUAGCUGUCUCUGAUAACUGGGUAGAUUAGAGAUGUUUGGUUUACGAGCAGUGUUACUGAUGAUACAAAAUAUCCAUAAUGAGAAAUAUCUCCUCUAUGAUCUGUAAUGUCUUACUCUGGGGAUCAUGCCCAUAUAAGUAACAUUCCAACAGUCUUGUUUUGUUUUUUUUUUAUUACCUAGUGUCCUGCUGAAUUUUUUUUCACACCAAAAUGUCUAUAGUCUUUAAAUCUUCAUCUGUAAUUGGUAGCUGUAAAUAUAGUGUAAGAGCAACACUGUGCUGCUAAGUGUUUAUUAAGCAAUGCAGAACUGUGAAAGGACUUUUAUCUUGAGGUAAUUUCUCCUGUUAUUUUUCCCAGCCUGAAGAUAAGUUAAUGGAAGUCUGGGUUUUGGUUGGUUUUUUUUCUUUAGGCUUUUUCCCACCUAAGUGAUGUGUUACUGAUGUCCAUUGGAAAUACAGAAAGGAUCUGUAAAGUCAUCUCCUGGCCUUGGCAGUUUACCUGGCCAUAGUCUGCCACACAGUAGUUAAAUAUAGGAGCAAGUCACAGAGUGGUUAUAGGUUUAAGGCAGUUGCCUAAAAUGUUGCUUCCAAACCAGUUGUUGGCUAACAUGCAUGAUAGUGCUGUUAAUCCUUGCACCUCGUAAGGUGUUUUUGCUCUGUUUUAGAAGAGUUGAGAAGCAGAUUUGCAUGUGUGUGUGCUGUUUUCUGCUUCUGUGAGGUUAUGUUUUUAACUGCUUUAUCAGCUUCCUAUAUCCUAGCUUUCCUUAUCACUCCUAGGUCCUCUGCCCUCCCAGUCUAGGUGGGGGAGAGGCUUCUUUGCUGCAGUGACUGAGCAGACUUGUCUGCAGUCUUGACAUGCCCCUUUGAUGCCUCUGGUCAGUCAGGUGCUGGCUUUAAAUGUCUGUCUCUUAAUUAGACUGAUCCUAGAGAAUGCUGUUGGAGCUGGAUUAAAUGUCUGGUUCUGCAGGAGCUCUCUGUGUAUGCUGGAUGCCUCUUACUCCUCGUGCUGGUUCAACAAAGCCCUUUGCUUGUUACCCAACCUGCUUCUGAUGAAAUCAGCCAACCUUAUUUAAACCACCUAUUUAAAUUGCUUCCAUUAAGGUGGCUGAUUUUGGUUUAAGCAGAUUAGGGAUUGUUCAGGAGAGUGAUAGGAGCUCUGGUAGAAGUGCUGUUAAAUAUAACUGCCUCAAAUUUCUUCUGUUAGCAAAGUGAACAUCUCUGUAGUAGUAAAGCCUGUAGUAAAGCCUGUUGGAAAGAAGCAGCUGGCCCAGUACAUCUAUCUGGGGAUUGUCUUCUCCAUUCUUCAUCACAGUGCUGGGUAGUGGUGUUGGAGCCUGCUCGGACACUCAGCUUUGGUGUUUUCCAGCUGAACCUGUCAAGGUUAACGCUCUGCAGCCACUUUCAAGGCUUUUUUGGAGUGCCUUGAGAGUCAGUGGAGAGGAUUUUUCAAGAUACAUGAGAACUUGGCUGGACUGUGAAUUUCUGCUCUGAUGAUCUGUACUGGGCAUUGUGUAGAUUGUGAGUGUUGACUUUUGUGUUUGAUGUUUAGCUCACGUUAAAAUCACAGUGCUGCCAGUGCCCUUUGGUUCUGAGUACUGGAA